GCAUUAAAACCCAACACCGAGCCAAAAUCCCAAAAAUGGAAAAAUAAUAAAUAAAAGAGAAAUUCAAAGAAUUCGAACUAAUAUUUUUCCUUUUGCACUUUACGCUGACAAAAAAUAAUAAAAAAAUAAAAAAUAAAAUAAGAAAAAACCUCCAACUCUCUGCAAAUACUCUUUUUUAUCUUUUCUCAAAUGCCAACUCCAACGCUUCACACCACCACCACCACCACCACCACCUUCUACGACGUCGUUCUUGUCGUCGUCCUUCUCUGCUUCACUUUCUUUCACUGAUACUUUCCCGAGAAACUGACACAAAUUCUUCAAAACAAAAAAAAAAAGAAAGAAAGAAAAAGAGAAAGAACAAUUCCUCGUCAUGGUGCGGAACUCCUCGUCGUCGUCUCCUCCAGGUAUUCUCGAUGACAACGGUAACGAUCUAGGUUUCCAUUCGAUCCGUGAUCGUUUUCGUUUCAGGCGGAAUUCUAACCCUAGCCAAAACCGAGGCCGAGGUCGGAUAUUUCCGGAUCGGCUUUCGUCGCGUUACCGAUCGCAUCACGGCCGUUUCAAUCGUAAAGGAUUUCUCUUGCUUUUUCCGUUUAAAGGUAAGUUGGCGUUGUAUUUGGUCAUCAUGCUCGCUCUGGUUCUGUUCGCAAUGGCGUCCAUGGUGUUGCAGAGCUCGAUCACGUUGGUGUUCAGGCAGGGGAGUGAGAGAGGGAGGUUGUUUAGGUAUGGUUUGAAGUUCGGAAGCACGUUGAGGUUCGUGCCUGGGAGAAUUUCUCGAAGAAUUAUGGAAGGUGGUGGAGUUGAUCGGUUUCGUAACCAGGCAAGGAUUGGUGUUCGGCCGCCUAGGCUUGCUCUUAUCUUAGGACACAUGACAAAAGAUGCACAGUCGUUGAUGCUAGUUACAGUGAUCAAGAACAUAAAGAAACUUGGUUAUGUACUUAAGAUUUUUGCAGUACAGAAUGGAAAUGCACAUUCAAUGUGGGAGCAAGUAGGUGGCCAGAUUUCAAUUCUAGAUCCAGAGCAUUUUGGCCAUAUUGAUUGGACAAUCUUUGACGGUAUUGUUGUUGACUCUUUUGAAGCAAAAGCAGCAUUAUCAAGCCUUAUGCAGGAGCCAUUUUCUUCAAUACCAUUGAUAUGGAUAAUUCAAGAAGAUACCCUUGCAAAACGCCUUCCAGUGUAUGAGGAAAUGGGUUGGAAGCACCUUAUUUCUCAUUGGAAAAAUGCUUUGGGUAGAGCUAAUCUUAUCGUGUUUCCAGAUUUCACUCUGCCGAUGUUAUAUAGUGUGCUUGACACUGGAAACUUCUUUGUCGUUCCUGGAUCACCAGUUGACAUUUGGGCAGCUGAAAGCUACAGCAAGACCCAUUCCAAAAUUCAGUUAAGGAAUGACAGUGGAUUCAGUGAAGAGGAUUUGUUGGUUCUUGUUGUUGGAAGUUCUUUAUUCUUCGAUGAGCUCUCAUGGGACUAUGCUGUGGCAAUGCAUGCCAUAGGACCUCUUCUAACAAAGUACGCUAAAAGAAAAGAUCCAGGAGGUUCAUUUAAAUUUGUCUUUUUAUGUGGUAAUUCCACCGAUGAACAUGAUGAUGCUUUACAGGAAGUUGCUUCACGUCUAGGACUCCCUCAUGGUUCUGUGAUGCAUCAUGGCUUGAAUGGUGAUGUGGACAGUGUGUUAUUAAUGGCUGACAUUGUUCUCUAUGAUUCCUCCCAAGAUAUACAAGGUUUUCCUCCAUUACUUAUGCGAGCUAUGACUUUUGGGAUUCCAAUUUUAGCACCUGAUUUCCCUGUCUUGCAAAAAUACGUAGUUGAUGGAGUUGACAUGGUAUUCUUUCCAAAACAUAACCCUGAAGCUUUAAUGAGGGCUUUCUCACUUCUGAUUUCAAAUGGAAAGCUUUCUAAAUUUGCUCAGACGGUUGCCUCCUCUGGAAGGCUGCAUGCCAAGAACAUGCUGGCAUCAGAAUGCAUAACAGGUUAUGCGAGUGUUCUGGAGAAUGCACUCAAUUUCCCAUCUGAUACCUUUCUACCAGGCCCAGUCUCUCAGCUCCAUCAGGGGGCAUGGGAAUGGAAUUUGUUCAGGAAGGAAAUGGAAACGAGAGCAGGUGAUACCCCUAACAUUGAUGAGAAGGGUUUUUCCUUGAAGAAAUUUAGUGUUGUUUAUGCCCUUGAAGAUAAGUUGACUCAGCUUGCUCAGUCAACAAAUGUUUCUGAGGAAGAAAGUGGGAAUCUGGAAGACGAUAUCCCAAGUGAACUAGAUUGGUAUCAUAUGAAGGAAAUUGAAAACUCUGAAGAAUAUGAGAGGUUAGAAAUGGAGGAGCUUGAAGAAAGAAUGGAGAGGAGCUCUGGUGUAUGGGAUGAGAUAUAUCGUAAUGCUCGAAAAUCUGAAAAGCUCAAGUUCGAAGUAAAUGAGAGGGAUGAGGGAGAGCUUGAGAGGACAGGCCAGCCAGUCUGUAUUUAUGAGAUAUAUAGUGGAGCCUCAGCCUGGCCAUUCUUGCAUCAUGGUUCUUUAUAUCGUGGACUUAGUCUUUCUUCCGGAGCACGGAGGUUGAGAUCGGAUGAUGUGAAUGCAGUUGUUCGCCUUCCAUUUUUGAAUGACACCUAUUAUCGGGAUAUUCUUUGUGAGAUUGCUGGAAUGUUUGCUAUUGCAAAUAAGGUGGAUAACAUUCAUAAGAGACCUUGGAUUGGGUUUCAAUCAUGGCGUGCUGCUGCUAGGAAGGUAUCAUUGUCUACAAAAGCUGAAAGGGUUUUGGAGGAAACAAUACAAGAAAACACUAAAGGAGACUUGAUAUAUUUUUGGGGACGUUUGAGGAUGGAUGGGGGAGUUAUGGGAAGCAAAGAUACGCUUACUUUUUGGUCCAUGUGUGACAUCCUGAAUGGGGGAAACUGCAGAACUGCUUUUGAAGAUGCAUUUCGACUGAUGUAUGGCUUGCCAUCAUACAUAGAAGCCCUUCCCCCUAUGCCAGAAGAUGGUGGUCACUGGUCUGCCUUGCAUAGCUGGGUGAUGCCAACCCCUUCAUUUUUGGAGUUUGUUAUGUUUUCACGGAUGUUUGUUGAUUCUCUUGAUACCUUGCACACCAAUUUUAGUGGAAGAAACAUGUGUAUAUUGGGUUUUUCUGAGCUUGAGCAGAAGAGGCAUUGCUACUGUCGGGUGUUGGAGGUACUAGUUAAUAUCUGGGCUUAUCAUAGUGCAAGGAAAAUGGUUUACAUAGAUCCACACUCCGGUUCACUGCAAGAGCAGCAUCCAAUUGAGCAACGGCAAGGAUUUAUUUGGGCUAAAUAUUUCAAUGCCACCUUGUUAAAAAGCAUGGAUGAAGAUUUAGCAGAGGCUGCAGAUGAUGAUGAUCAUCCAAGUAAGACGUGGUUGUGGCCAUUAACGGGGGAAAUACAUUGGCAAGGUAUGUACGAGAGGGAGAGAGAAGAAAGAUAUAGACUAAAGAUGGACAAGAAAAGAAAAACAAGAGAAAAAUUGAUGGAAAGGAUGAAAUCUGGAUACAAGCAGAAGCCACUUGGACGAUAAGAAGCUUUUAAUACAUGAAAUUGUCAAAUGCUAGUUUGAAACAAUUGAUUUAACCGUGCGGCUAUGAGAAUUUGGGAAACGGCUGAGGAUUGCAGAGAUGCAUGGUAAUUUUUUUUCUAACAUUAUCAACUUAGUCCACGAUGACAGAUUCUUCUCUGUUUUUUUAACCGGAUAUAUAUAUAUAUAUAUGCUCGAUGAUAUAUAUAUAUAUAUAUAUAUACUCGAUGAGGUUGAGGGGAGACAAAAGUGCUUCCUAGAGAUCGCGGCUUCGUAGCAUCUGAAGACAUUUUUACUUUGGUUAUUUCAAGCUGCGAAAAGAGGACAACGGGGAUUUUGAGAAGUAACCCUACAUUCGUUGAAAUUCUUUUUCCCUAUUAAAAACAUCUAGCAUAGCAAGUAGAAAUGAUGUAUUCUUUUACUACUGUAUAUUCUUUUGGCAAUAUUAGAGGCAAUUUUGAUUAGAAUAAAGCUGCUUUCGAUUUUGGGACUGUU